UCAACCCCUUGCGCCACCUCGCUUGCCGCAUUCGCACAGCUUCUUCUCCUUUCUGGCCAUGGCUUCGUCCACCGCCUUCUUUUCAUCGCCGGUCGCAGCCUCCAAAUCGGCCAGGUCUUCACCUGCUCUCGCUACUCGCUUUGCGUCGCCUUUGCCUUUUUCACUCCGCAUUCAUCCCCGAGCGUCGCCAUCGAACCUGCGGCGUCUGACGGUCGCCGCCGCCCUCCAGGUAGGGCAACAGGAAACUGUGAAACCCGUUCCCUCUUCGACGCCUCCGUCCCUUCCUUUCCGAGUGGGGCACGGGUUCGACCUCCACCGUCUCGAGCCGAACCUUCCUUUGAUCAUCGGAGGGAUUGACAUUCCCCACGAUCGGGGUUGCGAGGCGCACUCUGAUGGGGAUGUGUUGCUGCACUGCGUGACCGAUGCGAUCUUGGGGGCGUUGGGGCUUCCGGACAUCGGACAAAUCUUUCCGGACUCUGACCCCAAGUGGAAAGGCGCCGCCUCUUGGGUCUUCAUGAAAGAAGCUGUGAAACUGAUGCAUGAAGCUGGUUAUGAGCUAGGAAACUUGGAUGCUACUUUAAUUCUUCAAAGGCCAAAGCUAAGCCCACACAAAGAAGCUAUCAGGGAAAAUUUAUGUAAGCUACUCGGAGCACACCCUUCAGUCGUAAAUCUGAAAGCAAAAACCCAUGAGAAGGUUGACAGUCUCGGAGAAAACAGAAGCAUCGCAGCACACACUGUGGUUCUUCUUAUCCAGAAGUAAAGCUUAUAUGAGGCAUCUUAAGAUGAGCUUUAUUCGGCGAUACUAGAGCUAUUGAUCAUCGUUGUACUUUGCAUCAUUUUGUUUCUUUACUGCACGAUAUUAUUCUUGUAAUGCCUGACAUUGUCUGAAAUCUUUACAUUCUUAAAUAAAAUACAUUUGAACCUUCUAUCAUUUA